AAUGCCAACGAAUUUAUGCGCCGUCUGUUAACUGUCUCCUGUGUUGCUUUGCAGAUGCGCCUCCGCUCGACUGGACCCAGCGCGCAGAUGUACGCAAUUCUAGUUGGACUGGCGACGCUGUUGCCCGCGGUGCUGGGACAUGGAAGGUUAAUGGAUCCGCCGGCACGGAAUGCGAUGUGGCGCUUCGGCUAUCCCAAUCCGGUUAACUACAAUGACAACGAGCUCUUCUGCGGCGGCUAUGCGGUGCAGUGGGAGCAGAACAGCGGACGCUGCGGCGUCUGCGGCGAUGCGUACCAUGUGAAGUCGCCGCGGCCGCACGAGGCGGGCGGGGAGUACGCCAAGGGCAUUAUCUCCCGCUACUAUACGGCUGGCCAGGAGAUCGACGUGGAGGUGGAGCUGACGGCCAAUCACUACGGCCGCUUCGAGAUGUAUCUCUGUCCCAACAACAAUCCGCGGCAGGAGGCCACGCAGGAGUGCUUCGACCGCUAUCCGCUGUUCAUCUCGGGCAGUCGGGAGCACCGCUUCCUCAUACCGCGCGACACCAAGAAGAAGGACAUCUUCCGCUAUCGCGUCAGGCUGCCGCCCUACGUCACCUGCACCCAGUGCGUCCUCCAAUGGACCUACUACACGGCCAACAUGUGGGGCACCUGCUCCAAUGGCACCGAGGCCGUCGGCUGUGGCAAGGCGGAAACAUUCCGUAACUGUGCCGACAUCGCCAUCAUCUCGAAUACCGGCGGCGGCGUACCGCCCAUCUUUGUCAACAAUAGAUCGCCCUACCUGCUGUACUAUCGUGACUACCGGGCACCCGACGACAACAAUGUGUUCCCCUUGAUUGUGCGCAAUGCCACGCGGCAUGCGCGCAAACGCAAACCACCAACCGCUUAACCGCUUACCCGCUAAAUAAAAAAAAUUUAAAAAACACCAAACAAA